UGGAAAAAGUAGGGUGGUCUGUUUGUGUUGAGUGAAGGCAUGGAGAGGAGACUCGCAAAAAGCUCUACUCCCCUUCCAGCACUUCUGACGUCUGAUCAGAUGACAGCUGAAAUGGCUGAAACACACGGACUGCGCCGACAUGUUUCUUAUACUCCAAAAGAAUAGCGCAUCCUUUCGCUUUAUGAUGAUUGUUUUCAAUCUAUGCGCGCUGUAGUCGUUUCAUCGGGAAGACACGAGUGCCAACACAUCAGCGGACCCGAGAAAAAGUUGCUUCUCGUGGGUCUACUUGGAUCUUGAAAGUUGCCGAUUACAGCUGGACUUCGAUCACCCGAAUAGGUUUGACCUCCAGCAUUUGCAUAGGUGUGACUACCUGGCAACCUCUCCUGUGUUGUCUGUGCAAGCUGCUAUCAGUGCUGUUGUCAACUGAGGUUAUGAGUGAUGGAAGCGGGAUCGCUGGUGCGCGCCGUCUUUGAGUUCCUUCCCAGCGUCUCCGAGGAGCUGCCCCUCUUCACCGGCGAUGUUAUCGAGGUGCUCGGCGUGGUGGAUGACUUCUGGUUGCUCGGCAACAAAGAUGGCGUCACCGGUCAGUUUCCCAGCACCUUUGUGGAAGAGGUUACCAUACCCACUUCCAAGCCCGAAGAUCGACUCUACGUGUGCAUUAAUGAUUUUUGCUCCACGCAACAAGGGAGUCUUGCCCUAAAGAGAGGGGAUGUGGUAGUUGGGGAAACGGGGGACUCCAUGGAGUCUGGAGAGUCUUGGCUUUGCGGCUGUGACGACCGGGGGGCCCGCGGUGUCUUCCCCGCCUCUUGCGUCAAGGAGCUGAACCUCUCGUGCCGCUCCCGGCAGCUCUCGGCGCGCUCGGCCCAGGCUCACGCCGCCGACCUCCCGGCGCACGCCCUGGGCCAGGCCCGGGCUCUCAUGAGUCUCCACGCGCAGCUCAACGAGGAGCUGGACUUCCGCGAGGGCGACUUGAUCAUCAUCACCGGACUGCCCGAGCCGGGUUGGUUCGAAGGUGAGCUCGACGGCAGCAGGGGGAUCUUCCCGGAGGGGUUUGUGGAGCUCCUGAGUCCUCUGCGAUCACCUCAGGAGCUCCAGCAUUGCCAGUAUUUCAGCAAUGAUGCAGCGCAGGCCAGCGAAGAAGACGCCGUCGAAGAUGAGCAGGUUGAGGAGCAGGAAGAGUCUCCCCGAGAAGACGACGAAGAGGAGGAAGGUGCCGUCUACGGAGUGGCGCUCUAUGAAUUCCGCGCCAUGGAGCCCGGUGAGUUGGACUUUGAUGUGGGCGACCGCAUUCGUGUUGCGAACACCAUGGAAGAUGGCUGGCUGGAGGGAGAGCUGAGAGGACGCCGUGGUAUCUUCCCUCAUCGUUUUGUCAAAAUCGAAAGGCCCGAUCUGAAAAUGGCAGAGGAAACAAAACACGACGAACCGAAACAGGAGGACGCUUUUGACUACAGCUCAGAUCCGUCGUGGUCCGACGGGAACGACCCCGAUCCGACCGCUUGUGAAGAUCACACGAUAUGGGACCUGGACUACUUUGAGAAGAACGAGCAGCAGAGAUGGCAAAGUGCAAACAAGAGCGACGCUGCUCCAAAUGAAAACAGAAGGCAGAGCGAUCUGGUUCCUGUGGGCCCAUCGCACCCGAGACCGCAGAGACCCAAAUCCAUGCCACCGACGAGACCCAGACUCCCACCUCCGCGACCGAGCUUGCCCGCACGUAGCCAAACGAAUCGCGUCGACGCAAAGCAGACCAACUACACGAACGGAAAUCAGAGAAGCUACGCUAACGGAACCGGCCGACCUCAACCUAAAUCUUCUCAUAGUCUAACUCUACCUAGCACUCAUUCUGGUUGGUCCAAAGACAGCCAAAACCGCCACGGGCCCACCGGGAAUGGCAACUGUAGCCGAAGCGCAACGCUCGGACAAGCCUUGAUGAGCAUCGUGGAGAACCAUAAACAGAAGAAGACCAGCGCCAAUGAUGCCGAAAGCCAAUCGUGUCGUUCCCAGCAGGUGCGCUCGGGCUCCAACGGCUUCUUGCCGUCGUCCUUCACCUUGGAUGCUUUGCUGACAUCGGCCGGCGACUUGGAAGCCAAACUGUCGCAGCAGCUUUUUGAAUUUGAGAAAAGCCUCACGUCGCCGUGCAGCGACAGCGGCGCCUCGGUGGAGCAAUCGCACAUCUCCAGACACUUCUCCAUUCUGGGCUACAACGACGAGAGCGACAUCAUCCGGGGGUCUUUGCAUUCGCCGGGUUCCGACUCUGCCUCCUCAUCGUUAGAGAGACGCAGGACCCUUCGCCCGCCGCCUCCUCGUCCGCAAGCGGUGCGCCCCGCGAGUCGACCGGCCCGCCCUGCUCCCCGUCGUCCUCCGCCGACCCCGAGACCCUCCGCCAACUCUUCCCACCACAACACCUCCAUCUUCUUUGCCCCUCACGAGCCAAGCUUUGACCAAAUAAAUGACGAGCAAGCGGAUCUCAGUGACUUCACGGCCACCCAGGAACACGAAGUCCAACCGGAAGACGGGAAAGAUCCGGAGCUGGAGCUGGAGAGCCAACGGCAGAGCGAGCUGUUGCUACGGCUACAAGAGGUGGAGAACGACAUGGACGUGUAUGCGCGCACCGCCGAGGAACUCAGGGCCCUGCUGGAGGAGGAAGAGGAGGAGACGGCCCGCGUGCAGCUCAUGGAGAACCUGGAGUUCUGCAACUACACGCUGGAGACGCUGGCCUUGGAGCAGCAACAGUUGCAAGAGAUGACGCAGUUGUCGUCGCAGCCCAAACUCUCAAAGCCCGCCUCGGCCGGCGACGCCACGCCCGCCGCCGACACCGAGGACCCCGAGCUGAGGAUGCUGGAGAAGCGAUCCAAGGUGAUUGAGGAGCUCCUGCAGACGGAGAAGGACUACAUCAAGGACCUGCAAAUGUGCGUGGUGGAGAUCGUUGAGCCUCUGCAGAAGAAGCAGGUGAACAACGUGGACUUUGACGGCCUUUUCGGCAACAUCAACUCUGUGAUCGAUCUGUCGCAGCGGCUCUUUGAAACGUUGGAGGAAACCGACUCCAUCGGAAAAGUCUUCGUUGACUUUAAAGCGGAGCUGGAGGCGGUGUACAACGUCUACUGCCAGAACCACGACGAGGCCAUCUCGCUGCUGGAAAGCUACGAGAAAGACGAAAAUAUCCAACGGCACGUUUUGGAGUGUCUGGAGAGGCUCAGGGCCAUAUAUCGAGACUGGGGCAAAACCAACUACAUCAAUUUGGGUUCUUUCCUCAUCAAACCGGUGCAGCGGGUCAUGCGCUACCCGCUGCUGCUCAUGGAGCUGCUGGGGGCCACGCCCGAAAGCCACCACGACCGGCCCCAGCUCGCUCAGGCCCUGCAGGCCGUCAAGGAAAUCAACGUCAACAUCAACGAGUACAAACGGCGCAAAGACCUCGUGGUGAAGUACAGGAAGAGCGACGAGGACACGUUCAUCGACAAGAUCUCCAAACUCAGCAUGCAUUCCAUCAUCAAGAAGUCCAACCGUGUCAGCAGUCACAUCAAGCACCUGACGGGAAUUUCACCCCAGAUUAAAGACGAGGCGUUCGACGAGGCCGAAAAGCGCUUCCGGCUGCAGGAGCGACUCAUCAAAUCUUUCAUCCGGGAUAUUUCCUUAUACCUGCAGCACAUCAGGGAAUCGGCCUCGGUGAAGGUGCUGGCGGCCAUCAGCUUCUGCGACAUCUACACGGAGCGAAACGUCCCCGACCCGGAGCGCUUCCAGAGAGCCCAUCGCUGCAUCAGCGACCAACAGUUCACCCAAUUUAAGGAACGCACAGAAGCUUUGGUCAUCAACCCGCUGACCCAGCUGCUGCUCAUGUUCGCCGGGCCUCACAAGCUGGUCCAGAAGCGUUUCGACAAGCUGCUGGACUACGACAACUGCAAGGAGCGCGCCGAGCGCUUGAAGGACCGCCGGGUCCAGGAUGAGCUGCAGGUGGCGCGCAGCAACUACGAGGCGCUCAACGCCCAACUUCUGGACGAGCUCCCAAAGUUCCACAACGCUGCCGAGGAGCUCUUCACCGGCUGCGUGAAGGCCUUCGCUCAAGCCCAGAAAGACUUCAUGAAGACGACGCUCGGAGAGCUGAAACCUCUUCUGCAAGUCUUUGCUCGCAAGGUCGGCACCGAGGGAAACUUGGUAGCCCAGUUCCAAGACGAGUACGGUCGCGUUCUCCAGCUUCUGCAGAGCUUCAGCUUCUGCCCUGAAAACCUGCCGCCAGCCACCACAACCACCGUCGUCACCGCCUCGGCAAACAAUCCCCCCAAUAAGAAAACGCUGGAGAAGCAGAGCUCCAAAAAGCAACUCCAAGGACCUCCCAACUGCAUCUUGCAGACGGAUGAGCAUCGAGCGGCUCUGAUGACGCGCUUUGGUCCUGGCAAACUCUUCCAGGCUGAGAGGAACUUCAAUGCGGCCCAGGAUCUGGAUGUGUCCAUCCUGGAGGGGGACCUGGUGGGCAUCAUCAAACAGCAGGACCCCAUGGGGAGCAACAAUCGCUGGCUGGUUGAUAAAGGCGUCUCCAAGGGCUUCGUGUACAGCUCCUUCCUCAAACCCUACAACCCGCGCAGGAGCCAGUCGGACGUGUCCAUCGAGAGUCAGUCGUCCAACGAGUCGGGCUACGGCGGCUCCUCGCCCGUUUUCUCGCGGCAGAACAGCAACAGCACGCUAAUCUUCAACCAGGAAACGGCGGCCGUCAGCUUCUCCACCACGCAAUCCCAAAGCCACUCGUCCCCGCAGCCGUCUCUGGACUCCGCCCCGUCUCGUGGGCCUCACCUCGACUCCUCGCCGCGGGAUCCCUCCAACCGCAAGGACGGCCACAGGACCGCGGAGUCCUCCCACCAGCGCUCGGGUCACUGCCGGGACUCGUACGACGCCGCCCACGCCAGCCUGAGCGACCGCUCGGAGACGGACUCUUAUUCCUCGCACAGAGACGGCUCGCAGCAGAGCCACGGCGACAAAGAUUCUCACCGGUGGAGGAACGGCGGCGGGCACAAAAAGUCCGCCUACGCUCUCGACGACUUCAGCGAGCCCGAGUCUGAGCAGGAUGCCGAAUCGGACCGACACCAGAUCUACUUUGCCCUGUACUCCUUCAGCGCUCGCUGCGCCAACGAACUGAGCAUUUCGGCCAACCAGCGGCUACGCAUUCUGGAGUUCCAGGACAUGAACGGCAACGGCGAGUGGUGGCUCGGCGAGGCCGGCGGCCGACGAGGCUACGUGCCUUCUAAUUACAUCCGCAAAUCAGAAUACACCUGAGCACCGCCCGCUGCUUGUGACACGGCGGUGAGACAAGCGGAUCUUUUUUGGAGUGACUGACUUUUUGCUCCUAUUCUCAGAUGCCUAUAUUUAUAGAUUUUUUUUUUUUUUUACUUUCCAUAAAGAAAUGUGGAUUAUUCAUCCAGUAUUAGCACAUCGGGGAAGCCUGAAAGCAGACAAGGAUUUUUUUUUUUUUUUUUAAUUAACCCGAUCACUGUGUUCAUUGCACUUUCUCCAUUUGGCUUCAUAGGAACAAUCAAGCACUUAAGGAGUGAACUUCCAGUUUGAGGAGAGUUUGGCGUGUUGUGUGAUUUCCAAACAGCACUCAUUGACACUGUGAAAUGAAGACAAGGUAAAAA